AUGAAUACAGCUGAAGAGUCUCAGGGUCAAGAGGAUUCAGACGGUUCUUCGUAUGACAUUCCAGUAGUCCCAGAUGGUUUUAAAGACUAUAAAGUCAUUCAAGAUAAAGACAAAAUCCCAGCCCAGGUUAUCCUGUUGAAAAGGUCUACAUUUGAACAAAUCUUUAUGCAGAAUCCCCAAAAUGAUGGUUGUAAUCUUCAAGCUGAAGAUUACGAUAUUGUUUUGAAAAUGUACAGCUUCUGUCAUCUAGAAAACGUUCACUUUUAUAAGAAAUAUGCUUAUAUUGAGGGAAGGUGCACCGACUCUAGGUUUUAUAAUGCUGAUGACUAUAUUGAUCACAUUCUUGAAGAUAAAUAUCAAAAUGAAGUGGAGAUCAACAAAAUUAUAUCAAACCAUAACAAGAGUGUGGAAGCUGCAGAUUCAACAGGUACCAAACGCAAAAUCAACUCUCCACAAAUGAUAGCAUAUGGUCCAAUGGUGACAGGAGAAUAUCUUAGUUCAUUUUCUGGCUUCUUUAUUGCUUUUGAAUACAUAAAAAGUGGUGGUGAUUUGAAAGCAAGACAUUUGAGUCAAUUGCAAGCCCAAUUGGAAGAAUUACAUAGUUGCAAUAUAGCACAUUGUUCAUUGUCAUUGCGGAAUAUUAUUGUGGAUAUAAAUGAUGAAGCUAGGAUAAUUGACUUUAACAAUUCUUAUACUGACGAAGUAUCUGAAGAUGGACGUUAUCCUAUUCUAUUGAAUCAUUUGAUGGAUGGUGACUAUGACCAAUUAGUUCAUAUCCAAGAGAGGCUUGUCUCUGAUGAUAAUGAUGAUAAUAAUGAUGAUAAAUAG